AAGUACAUGACACUUCAAACACUCAUCUGCAUUUUCCUCCCAAAAUGCAGUUAGUUUAGAGUCCUAACAUUCUCCAACCCAAUCAAAAAGAACUGAUUUCCAUCAAGAAAACAAAGUUCAUUAAGGAUGCAGUCAUAUAAGAUGAAGUUAACUGAGUUCUUCGGAAACUUGUUUAGUUUUAUCCGAAGGCUUAUCUUCAGCGUGCUUUCUGUCGGUCCAAUCCCGACUCAUAUAUCGUUUAUCAUGGAUGGAAACCGGAGGUAUGCUCGGAAACAUGGACUGAAUGAAGGUGCUGGCCACAGAGUUGGAUUCUUUGCUCUGAUGUCGAUGUUGAAGUACUGUUAUGAGUUAAAGGUGAAAUAUGUGAGUGUAUUUGCUUUUGGUGCCGAAAAUCUGAACAGAAGCCCUAAAGAAGUUAAGUAUUUAAUGGCUCUGAUGGAAGAGAAAAUUGGGGAGAUACUCAAAGAAGAGAGCCUCAUGAAUAAAUUAGGGAUUAGAAUACAGUUCAUAGGAAACUUGAAGCUCUUAAACGAUACUACCAGGGCAGCAGCUAAGAGAGCAAUGGCAGCCACGGCCAAAAACAAGAAAUUUGUGGUACUGGUUUGCGCAGGAUAUUCAUCCGUCACUGAGAUCAUGAAUGCUGUCCAAAAAUCUUAUGAAGACAAGAGGCGUAAGUUACAAAAACUGGAUUCCAGUGGUACCGGUACUGAUCAGAGUCGAGUUGAUUUUGAUGAGAGUGAUCCCGAGUUUGAAAUUUCAUUAUCAGAUAUAGAGAGACAUAUGCGCAUGGCUGCAUACCCUGAACCUGACAUUAUAGUUCGUACUUCAGGUGCAACACGACUUAGCAAUUUCCUUCUGUGGCAAUCUUCGCAAACAUAUCUGUAUUCACCAGCGGCACUUUGGCCAGAGAUCUCUUUAUGGCACUUAAUAUGGAUGGUCUUACACUUUCAGCGAGUUCCACAAAUUUUGGAGAAGAAAAAGAAGCAAGCAACUUUAAAUCAUAAUCAUUAUUAGACUUUUCCAACUGAUUCUUGAUCUCUUGCAGCAAAGUGGAACUGGAUGGAGUUUCAUGCGAAGUGGAGGUUUUCUUGGAAGGUGUCAUGAUGCUAGAGGAUCCUUGCAGCAGUAAUAAGAUUGCUUUUUCAUUAUUUAUAUUUAUAUUUCUAUUUUACCGAUGCUUUUAAGGUUUUGGUUGUCCAAUCCAACUACUUCAGUCAUGGGAUGGUUACUCCAAUUCUUCUUCUUCUAUGUAAGCUCCUUUGAAAUGGCAUUUACGCAUGUUUAAUAUUGUAAGAGUGUGGCAAAUGCCUCCGUA